CUUUCUCUUUAUAUGGAUAAGUUUGAAGAAUUCCAGACUACCAUGGCAAAAAGCAAUGAACUGUUUACAACCUUCCGGCAGGAAAUGGAAAAGAUGACAAAGAAAAUUAAAAAACUGGAAAAAGAAACAAUUAUAUGGCGGACCAAGUGGGAAAAGAAUAACAAAGCACUUCUGCAAAUGGCUGAAGAGAAAACUGUCCGAGAUAAAGAGUACAAAGCCUUUCAAAUAAAACUGGAACGGCUGGAGAAGCUGUGCCGGGCUCUGCAGACAGAGAGGAACGAGCUCAACGAGAAGGUGGAAGUGCUGAAGGAGCAGGUGUCCGGGAGGGCGGCAGGCGGAGGCCCAGCGCCACCCGAGGCCCAGCCCUGCGCCGCCUCAGCUUUGCCCGAGGAGUCUGGUACCACCUGGCAAAGUGCUGCCCGGGUUAUCCCUGAGGCCGGGUCCCUGGGAGCCGGGCCCGGCAUCGAGUCAGUUGACUGAGACCAAGUAUGAUCACUGUACUGAGAGCUCUAUUUUGUGUAUAACUUCCUCUGUUAGUAGUAACUUGGUUUUGUGGUGAAAAUUUUCUUACUUUUUCUACCAUAUCUGUAUUUUCUUAGAACUACUGGACUUAAGUGGUACAGGAGGCUGCUUGGCAGGUUUGAAUAGUUUUACUCUACAUUUUCCUCAGCCGUGUUGCACAUCUGCCUCGUUCCCCUUCAUCAGAAUGCAUGUGCUCAUUGCCUUUUUCCCUCUCCCUUGCUCCUUGCACAGAAUUUUGUCUGAAUUAAAAUUUCAUUCACCAGGGCUGACCAUUACAAGGGAACUUUGUUCUGAUAAUGGUUCCUUCUUUUUUUGGCUGUGCUUUGUGGCCUCUGGGAUCUUAAGUUCCCCAACCAGGGAUUGAACUCGUACCCUCAGCAGUGAAGGCACCAUGUCCUAACCACUGGACUGCCAGUGAACUCCCUGAUAAUGGUUCCUUGAUGUGAAAACAAUAUUCAUUUAAAUACCCACCCCUCCCUGUGAAUAUAACUCAAAAAAAAAAAAAAGAAAAUCAAGAUGAUUCAGUUCAGUUGCGUCUGACUCUUUCCGACCCCAUGGACUGUAGCACGCAAGGCCUCCCUGUCCAUCUAAAUGCCAAUAAAACUGAAAGCUUGGGUCAGAAACAAGCACAGCAUAUUUGUUUCAAAUUAGCUUUUUGAUAUAUCACUUGACAAAUUGAGAUGUCCGCAAGCCUAGAGUUUCUGUUUUGGCAGAAUAUGUACAUAGAGGUAUAAUUUAAACAGUAGUAUAUAUAGGCAAAUCAUUGGAGAAACAGGCUUACUGUUUCUGUGACUAAAAAAUAGUCCCAUCACCAUUUUCAGGUUAGAAGCGCCUGGUUGGACCACCUGAAAGCCUACAGCGUGGGGAGCCUGGUGGUUUGCUUUUCAGUUGGGAUUUUGGGUGCACAUCCUCCACUUCCCAUGGAGAAUUACCACUGACAGUCCUUUGUCAGUUUAAGACAAUGAGGGUAAAACCAUUGUGUAGCUUUUCUUAAGCAGAAGUCCCUCCACUACUUUCUGGCUACUUGAAAGUUGGUGUCCAACUAUUCUGAGUCCAACCAGCACAGUUCUCCAGGGUUUUUAAAAGGGAAUUUUAAUUAUGAUCAUGCUAGCUGAAACUGAUUUUAUUUCAUGUCUAAAACAGAAAGACUGGAACCAGCGUUUUUAACUUAAAGGAAAUGUGGCAGAGAGCUAAGUAGCCAGGAUCUAUUUAUUACUUACGCUUUCAGUCUGUUUCUCACCCUUUUCUUAGUUUUUAUUCUUUUUUAUGGAAAAACAAAACAGUAUUAUCAAGGUGUCUACACUUGGAAUGGGGGGCUUCGGAAAUGCAGCACAUCACUUUUGGAUUUGUUCUUUUAUAACUUUCCUUUGUUCUUCACACUGUCAAAUGUGGUUGAGUUUAUACACAUCAUUAACCAGGCUGCACUGACAAAGAGUUUGACUUUGUCCCUGGUAUAAUUUGCAUUGAAAUACUUUAUGAAAUAAAAAGGUUCUACUAGAACUGAUGUUAGCACAUUCCACUGAGCAAAACUAUCAAACUGACACUUCUUGAAUUGCUUACUGGACUGAACAAACUCUUCUGUCCAGUUAGAAGGGUUUUUCUCUUUGUUAAAGUUUUAUUUGUCCUGUCACAUUCGUGGUCUAAACUGGGUUGAAAGAAUUGGAAAUUGUCGGCACCAGCACCUGGAGUGGAGGAUUACGUCUAAGCUUCCAUCGCUGGUCACGUUAAUCAAAGGGCCAGACAGUGGAGGAAAAGAAACCCACUGUUACUAAUUACUGUCAAAAUGAGUCGGAAGCAAAAACAAACAUCUUUCUCCAACAGCCUUUUAUAAAUAUCACCUUUGGCUACUAAAUGAAAUAUUGGACUCAUUUCCCUGAGAGGAAAUGGAGGUAUAUAUCAGAAAUAUACUCUACUGUAAAAUUAGUACUAAUGAUCCCAUUUCACAAGCGCUCUGCUGGAUGUACAGCUCUUACCGGCUUAAGCCAUUUGUGUAGCCCGCCACGUUUCUGUGUGGUGCUUGUCCUGUGUGGAAGAUCGUAAAGCUCGGACCUGUUGCAUACUUCCAAGGGCUUUAUAAAGCGACGUGAUUAACAGUACUUGGCCUGCUGCUUUUGGCUUGCUAUGUAUUUUUAGCUAGAUGCUCUCAUGGUGUUUAAAGGACAUGGAUUCUGUCUUGGGUGCAUUUGGUAUCCUUUCAGAAUCUUUCCUCUCAUUACCCUGUGAAUAAAUACGAAUGGGACCCUCUGAGAAGGACAUGCUCCUAAGGCAAUCACCUCGCCAGCCCAGCAUUGUGGCUUUGUAGCACGCUCCAUUUCUACCACAUUCUAGAACACAGAUGCUACUAAGGCUGGCCCAGGAAAGAUUAAAUGUCAAAUUUGCUUCAAUUGCAUUUGUUGCACCAUCAUGGAAUCUUGAUGUGUAUUAUUUAUAGUGGCAGGAGACUCCAAGGAAUAGAGAAAACUUGGGUCUUAGAUAAUGGACCAUUUCAUCCUCAGACUUAUAGGAGUACAUUUCUUGGUCUUGAGACCAGUAUUUUUUAGUUAUGUAUGCAACUGCCUUUAUUACACCUGGUUAUCAAUUCAAUUCUCAGGUGUUGCAGAAAAAUCUACCUCUUUCAGACUGUAGAUGGAAAUAACUGUGAAAAAAUGAUGCAGAUAUCUUCUAGUUUGUGCUAAACACACUGCUUUAUUUUUACAGCCCACGUCUUUCAUGAGGAUACGAAUUGUUUAAGAGGCAGUCUUGUUUUGCUUUUCAAAGACAUUUUGUAGAGAUUUUUCACUAAUGUGAAUCUGAUUUUAUCUACUCAAUUCUGUAUAGAUUAAGUAAAUAUGUAUGAUAAAUUUAA